CGCUAUUGGUCGAGCCGUGGCACGAUGGUGGGGAUGAGAAGGCACCGCGUCACGAAGCGAGGCCGAGGAACUGUGAGGCGCAUGUAUCAAUGCGCAAUCGCAUCUGAACGAUUGACGGAGUCGGGGAGGUCCGAGGAAUAAACAGAGUGGCGAGACCGCGCGACGGAUAGAGAGGGGGUGAAGCGGAGAGAGUGAGGGAGCGAGCACGAGAGAGAGAGAGAGAGAGAAAGAGAGAAAGAGAUAGAGAGAAAAAAGAGAGAGAGAGAGAGAGAUAGAGAUAGAAGGAACAAGCAGCGAGACGAUCACGAUGCACAGAGGCGAGCACAAGCGGCCAGGGGCACAGGGCUGAGGGCUGAGGGCUCAACAGGGCCUUGUACGACGUUUUACGGAAUCUGGCGCGGAUCAGCCAGCAACGAUGGAACAGCCGAAAACUCCCGCGUCCCGGCUACUCAGUACAACCUGCAUCGAGAACAAGGACGACCUGGAGGAGAAAUUUGAAAGAUGCUAUGGCGUACUUCAAAAUCUGACUACAGGCCUGUCGGAAAAGGAAGCGCAUGAUACGUUGAACAAUGCGGUGUGCAAAGACAAAACGCACGAAGAGGUUUCCUUGGGAUUAUUAGUUGUCAUUUUAACGGAUCCACAGAAUGCUUCAAAAAGUUAUAGAGACUUAACGCUUAUAACGAGAGAUGGUCUUGCGAUUGUGUUAGGACAUCUUAAUCAGUUGGUACUGGAAAGGUACCUCAGACUGAAUGACGUUACCCGAACUCAGCUUUUGUGGUUGUUACGUGAAAUGAUAAGGACUAGCGUAGCUAAUGUUGAUAAUCUUUGUUUAACUUUAUUGAGACACGCGGCUGGUGGAGAUAUCUCCCCAAGAAAUCUGUUCCUAGUCGAUGCCCUUUUGGAUAUAUUUCAAGAAAAUCGGCCAUGGCUGGACAAAUUUCCGUUUUUGGUAGCAUCUAUCGUUUAUACGUAUUUACGAUUAAUAGAAGAUCACAAUGGUCCUCAUCUGACUGGUCUUCGACAGAAGGAAGUAACUUUUACGGUAUCCCUUUUGAGGGAGAGAAUGGUGGACUGUUUAGUUAUUGGAAGGGAUUUAGUGCGCUUAUUACAAAAUGUUGCAAGGAUACCUGAGUUUGAAGGACUUUGGAAAGAUGUAUUGUUAAAUCCAAAAUCUCUAUCUCCAAACUUCAAUGGAAUUCUUCAACUUUUACAAACGAGGACUUCUCGAAGAUUUCUUCAAUCAAGGCUUACUCCAGAUAUGGAGAGAAAACUCGUUUUUUUAACAAGUCAAGUUCGUUUUGGAAAUCACAAACGUUACCAAGAUUGGUUUCAAAGACAAUAUUUGGCAACACCCGAAUCUCAAUCAUUGAGGUGUGAUCUAAUACGUUUUAUCGUCGGUGUUAUACACCCGACCAAUGAAUUAUUGUGUUCGGAUAUAAUACCACGAUGGGCGGUAAUAGGAUGGUUGUUUACUACUUGUACAUCGACCGUAGCUGCGAGUAAUGCCAAAUUAGCUUUAUUUUACGAUUGGCUUUUCUUCGAGCCGGAGAAAGAUAAUAUAAUGAAUAUCGAACCUGCAAUUCUUGUCAUGCAUAAUUCAAUGAGAUCUCAUCCACCUGUUACUGCCACGCUUUUAGAUUUUUUAUGCAGAAUAAUACCAAACUUUUAUCCGGCAUUAACGGAAAAAGUUAGAAAUGGAAUAUUUUCAUCGCUGAGGCAAAUUUUGGAAAAACGAGUGUUACCUAGUCUUUAUCCGCUAUUUGAUAGUCCUAAGUUGGAUAGAGAAUUAAGGAGCAAAAUUAGAGAAACCUUUAAGGAAUUUUGCUUACCACCUAAUGCAGAUCCAGCAGGUAAUAAGGUUCCGAUAUAUUCAGGUAAAAUGGAAGAUCUUAAUAAGGAUCUCAAUUCAGGACUUAUCUUGGAAAAUACGACAAGUACACCCAUGGAAAAUAAUCACGUGGGCCAAGAUCCGGAACCAGCAUUCAGCGACGAGGAAGAAGAGAUGCCACUCAGAAUAGUAACAAAAGUGGAAGAGGAGGAAGAUGAAGAAGAUGUACCCUUAGCUACAGUGAAGCUUAAGAAUGAACAAAAGAAUGCAAAUUGUGUUGCAAAAAAGGAAGAUAUUACGUCUCAGUUAAAUCUCAUUUUAGAACCAGAAGAAUUGAGAACUGCCAUUGGAAGCCUACAUAGUGAAAGUGACAAUGAAAUCAGAUGCCAAGCAGUGGAGAGAAUAGUACAAAUGGUCGUGGAGGAUGAGAUAGAUGCAGAAACUGUGCCAGGUUUAGCGUCUUGUCUAUCGACCAUUUUGUCGACGCAAAUUACAGCACAGAUAUUUCCAUCGGAUAAUUUAAACGAGGAAUCUUUGACUGAUAGUAUAAGCACGCCAUUGUUUGUUAUGUUUCGAAAUCAGUAUCAGUUGUGUAAAGAAGAAGACAAUAGGAGAAAACUUUUAGCUAGAGUACUCGCUGAAAUGUAUUCUAUUCAACCAAAAAUAGGAUAUCUACUUCUAUAUUUUUUAAAAGUAUGGGGUAGAGAGGAAGAAAAGAGGGAGGGGGAACCAAGCAACGUAUUAAACGACGUAAAAGCCUCCGUUUAUAAGGACUUUUGCGCACAGAGAGAAAAAAAGUUAGAUGCGUGUUUAGUGGCUGAUCUGAAGUUAUGUCACGAAGACAACAUAUUCAUGUUGUGUUACUUGGUGCCUGACAUAUAUACCGGAUUUCAAAACGUGGCCCUAGGGAACGUCCAACUUUUGCAUUUGGUCGUUUCGACUAUCGACGCAUGUCAGUUACAGGAACUGGUUUGUCAGAUAAUGCAAGGCCAUCUUAAAAUGUUAAAGAAAGAAUCUUUCACUUCCUUGCUUACUGCUAGUUUAAAUUGGGAAACCUUCGAACAGUACUGUUUUUGGCAGUUAAUUUUUGCUCAUGAUUUUCCCAUUGAAUAUGUGUUGCCAGUAUUACCGAAAUUGCAAUUUCGUGAUCACGCAGAAGCACUCACGUCGAUACUAUUUAUGCUUAAACAAGAAAAACCUACUCUGGAACUUUUAAGACAGUUACUUGCGCGACAGAACGUGGAUGGCGACAUGUUCGUAGUCGCAGCGUUACGUUAUUGGUGUCGCGAUUACGAGGAAAAGCUUGGUGAAUUACUAGCGAAUCUUUUAAGUACACGCUAUCCUGCGACCAGUCCGAACAAACGAAAACGUUCUGGAGCAAAGCACAACCAACAAUCUGGACCACCGACGGGCGAACAGGUUUUGGGUCAUUUGGAUCAAUUGCGUCAACAUUGUACAUCCUCCACGGAGUUGCAGUUGUAUCAUAUGGAAGGGAUGCAGAGAGCGUUGCAACAAGCGCAAGCUGCCAGUAGCGAUUCCCUUAGGAAGAGUUACGGCGACUUAUUCGCUUUAGCGGAAGUUAACGAAGAAAACGAACCACCUCCACCGCCGCCAACAAGUUCGGCGAGAAAACAUGCGGCAGCUUCGGGCGGGGGUGGGGGCGGUGGAGCCGGCAAAGGGGGAAAUAGGAAAGUUGGCGUUAAUACGAGGGAAAGGACGAGUUCGAAAAAACAAAUUCGGUAUCACCUCGACAGUACAUCCAGUAGCGAGGUAACCAUUUCACCAGAGGAGGAAAUCGUAAAUCCAAAGCAAGCGAAAAAGAGAAAAAAGAUUAUAGUGGGCUCGGACAGCGACUGACCACCCAGUGUCUUCACAUGUCACAUGGACCACGUCAUGUGUGUGCAGCAAGAUAAAUUAGCCUUAAGAAUAGUAAGAUAAUACGAUAUAUAUAUAUAUAUACAUAUACAUAGUAGAUUUAUCUAGCGCGACUUGUAAAUAUAUUCUACGUUGAUAAUGGAGUACGAAACGAUGUUGUUGGCGCGAGUCUUACGCGUUUCGUAAUCUAAAAACCGUAGUGGUGCCAGGCUCUCGUUAUUAUCGUUAAAUGUGUAUGUAUGUAUCCUCGAUUAGUUUUCUAAAGUAAAAAUACUCUUAUCAUAUCGACUUAUCGACGAGUAAAUUUAUUAUCGACUAAGGGAGGUGUGACUAUCGUUUGUCGGACGAAAAAUUAUUGCGAAAAAAUUACUUUCAAUUGUGUACAAAUGAGAAAUUCUAAAUGAAUAACUUUGACCUGGCACCACUACAAGGGGUAAAACAAUGCGGUCUUACUCCCAUAAACACGUUAAAUUUGUAAUUGUAAAAGCAUCGAUCCACAUAGUAUUUUUAUGUGGAAAGAAAGUCAGCGCGUGCAAGCACCUUCGUCGUGCUUAACAUAUUUACCAAUGAUCUUUUCUACUAAUUGUGCGAUUAUCACACUCCGAUCAAGUUGUUAUUGACAAAUAUUGAUUUUGUCGAUUUAGAUUAUUGACAAGUAAUUAUUUCUUGAUUUGAAACAUUUGACACAGCCGUAAAUUAUUUUAACAGAAAAUAUCUUUAUAGUAGAGAAUCGUUUGAAAUAACAUUGUGAAUAAUGUGUCGUUAGGGUUCAUGUAUUAAUUCCUAAGAUUUUUCUAUGAUAUGAUGCGUCCGUUAUAUUUUCGGUUUGGAGAAAAACUAUAUUUGCGUAUUGCACAAAAGUAAAUAAGUAAAUUCGAUAAGAAAUCGGAUCUUUGUAACAAUAUCUUUGUUCGAGUUUUUGAAAACUACGUCGUCUUCGAAGGUUCAAAUUAAUGCACAAGUAGAUCCAAUUUGUGUGAGUUAUUCUCACAAUAGACUCUUUUACCGUCCUCUUAAGUUUCAAUUAAAAUCUUAUAGAUCGCGUUCUUAUACUUAUCUUCUUAUAUUUAUAAGAAAUUUCUUUAUAUCGCGAAUGUAAGAGUUGCUAAUAUUCUUGGAAUUAAUGCAUGAGUCAAAGAGUAUUAAGAAUUUAGGAAACCUCAUAUAUACGCAUACGAAAUUAUUAAUACCGCGCUUGUGAAUAAUUUUACAUUUUAAAAUGAUAACUUUCUUUUAAUCAAUUCCUUGUUUCGAUCGUCGUUGAUUCCAUUGUUUGUUCUUUCAAAGGAUAUUGAGAUCAUUCAUCGAACGUAACGUUAAAUAAUUAAAUUUAUAUAUAGCUCGUUUAAACGAUUUACUUUAUAAAUUUAAACUUUUAUAUACACGCACUUUUCUUUAUUACAAUACCAUAUUAAUUUCUUCGAGAGGUUUCAUCGUUUUCUUUUUUUUUCUUUUCUUCUCUCUUUUUUUUUUUUUAAAUUCCAUCUUGUGCAUUUGAAUCAUUAUUCGCGGGACGCAUCGUUUAUUUUAUCUCUUUUCUUUGUAUCUUCGUAAGAUCAAACGCGUUUUAUUAUAUAUAAAAUAAACACACACACACACACACACACAUAUUAUUCCUGCGAUCUUUGUCGAGUCUUUCGAAUGUCUUUCGCCAUACUUUUGGAUUCAAAUUCCUGUUAAAAUGAAGACCAAAUUAGAAAAAGAAAAAAGAAGAAACAUAUUGAUAUAGAGAGUAAUUCUAACGCAUUUAGAAAAAUAUAUGAAAGUAACAGUGAUUUAUGCUUCUAUCAAAUUUUAUACGAGUAUAAAGUAGUGUUAACUUACUUUACUCUCGAUAAGAACACGAGACACGUAUGUAGAGGACGCAUUGGUCAUCAUUUAGUUUUGUUUCGAAUGAAGUCUGAGAAAGGAUUAAAACUGAUUGAGAAAGAGAGGAAGGAGGAAGAGAGAGAGAGAGAGAGAGAGAGAUAGAGAGAUAAAUAUAUAUAUAUAUAUAUAUAUAUAUAUAUAUAUAUAUAUAUAUAUAAAAUAGAUAGAUAAAUAGAUAGAUAGAAAAGAGAGAAUUUUUUCUAAGUCACUUACAGCUCGGACACACAGUUUCAACUUUUAGUUGCUCCCGUGAUUUAUCAGAUAACAAUUUAUUUUACAUGUAUGUCUGAUAAUGAUAAUGAUGAUGAUGAUGAUUAUUAUUAUUAUUAUUAUUAUUAUUAUUAUUAUUAUUGUUAUAAUGAUGAUGAUGAUGAUGAUGAUGAUGGGUAUGCGAUCGCCAUAGAGAUGAGAGCGUAAUUUAUAUGAAGUGUUUGUUAUUAGCUUUUUAUUAGAAUUAAGAAUGUAAGCAUCGACGAGAUAGUAAGACUGUAUUAAGUAUGUUAACUUGAUAUACUCUUAUUUCUCGUAGAUAGCAUAUAUAUGUAUAUGUAUAUAUAUAUAUGUAUAUAUAUAUAUAUAUAUAUAUACAUACACACAUAUAUAUACACACACACACGACACAGUUUUACGACCAAAUGUUAUUCAGUUUGCGACUGCGCUUUAAGUGAGCACAAUCAUUCUCGAUAAAGUAGGACGAUAUAUACAUUUUGUAUACUUUUACAUCGAGGAAGGUGAUCAAUCUCCGAGUGAUCUCUGUCUCCCUACUCUUUUCUUUCUUCUUCUUUUUUUUUAUUUUUAUUUCUUUUUUCGUUUUUUAAUUUUAUUCCUAUUUCACUUUUUCUUCGCUCUCGAUCUUGUCCAUUUGCUUUUCUCCGUCUUAUAUCGCAUGAUCGUGUUUGUUUUUUCUUUUUUAUCUUCAGCAAUUUCAUCUGGUACAUAUACACUUUCCGUGUGUUUCGAAUUGUGUUGAUUGUUCAGACAGUUUUCCAUUUUAUUUUUUUAUUUUUUUUUUUAUACAUACAUACAUACAUAUAUAUGUGUGUAUUUAUAUGUAUGUAUAUAUAUAUAUAUUAUUUAAUAUAUAAAUCUCUUUAUUCUCCCAUCUGAAAAAAAGAAUUAAUUAACCAAACAAACAAACAAACAAACGAACAACAACUAAAUAAACAAAACAAAAAAUAGAUAAAGAACCACCUUCCGUUCGGGUAUAUGUAUCUCGGUUCUCAGACCUUCCAAAAAAUGUAAAAAUCAGCAGCGUCUCUCAAUGUGUGUAAAAAUUAAGUCGUAAAGGAUGAAAGAAAGAGUAUAAAAAGAAACUUUGUCUUCGUUCGUUCGUUUGUCUGUCUGUCUGUCUGUCUGUCUGUCUGUCUGUCUGUAAUGUACAUUUCCUGUAAAAUCGAUCGCUGUAAAAGGAAGUAGAGCUGCGUUAUGUAUUUUCUAGUUUGUACAUACAACGGGGUAAAUGCGAGAAUGACGAUGCAUUGUGUAUGAAAGUAUAUAAGUGGAUAAAUAUAUACAUAUAUACAUAUAUAUCUACAUAUAUAUGGCAUAUAUAUAUAUUUAUAUAUAUGUGUAUAUAUGCACGUGAGAAUUGCGUGUAUGUUUGUGAGAACGUGUGAUAUCGUGUGCACACGAGCGUGAGAAACGAAAACAUUUAAAUGUAACACUGUUACAAAGAUCGGGGUGGGGCCACGGAAAAUAAUGGAUGAAAAACUUACAUUUUCACGAAGAAACUUAUAGUAUUUUCGUGCACGAUUCGUUUUAUUUCUUUCUUUCUUUCUUUCUUUUUUUUGUUUUCUUCUUCAUUCUUUCUCUUUAUAUAUUUUUCAAAAACGUCAUGAGUUAUACGUGCGCGCACACGUAUUCAUAUAUAUAUAUAUAAUAUAUAUAUAAAAUAUAUAUAUAUAAAAUGUGUGCGUGUAUGUAUAUGCAUAUACAUAUAUACGCGCGCGUGUAUUAUCUAUGCGUGUAUAUGCUUUGUGACUGUUUUCCUCUUCUUCUGCUACUGUAUAUGUGUGAUACGUGCAUGGUUUUUUUUUGUACGCUUGCGAUGCAUCUAGCAUCAAACGAGACAUCUGGGAAUUUAUCUGACUGAAUGUUGAAGAAAAUAAUAAUAAUAAUAAAUAAUAAAUAAUAGUAAUAAAUAAUAAUAAUGAUAAUGAUAAAUGAAAAGAAAAGAAAAAGGAAGAAGAAAGAAUAUAGUAUAUCAUCCGUUUAUGACGGUGUAAAUUACUAUGUCGAACGAUGAUGAUUGUCCAACGUGUUAUUACACUUUUCUAUUUGUAUAUAAUGAACGAAAAUGACGAUAUAUAUGAAAAAAAAAGAAAAAAAAAAAUAUUUAAGGCGCGAUACGCAGUAACGAUUGGCUGUGUGUAUGCAUGUAUGUAAGUAAUGUAUGUAUGUAUGUAAGAAAAAAGAGAGAGAGAGAGAGAGAACGAAGAAAGAAUGUAUCCUUUGUGUGAACGAGAACGACAGAGAAAAAACGAGAGUGAACGUGCUAAUAAGAGAGAGAGAAAAAAAGAAAAAGAGAGAGAGUGAGAGAGAGAGAGAGAGAGAGAGAGAGAGAAUUCUACAUCACGUGGCAAUAUGCAAAACAAACCUUGUAAACAUUUAAUGUUUUUAACGAUCUUGUACACAUCAAUACACGUGUAAAUACAUGGAUAGAAUAUCAUACCGCGAGCAUAAACAUUUAAUGUUUUUAACGAUCUUGUACACACGAAAUACACGUAAAUGUAAAUACAUCGAAAAUGAUCUAAA